CCAGCUCAAUUCCGUCCCCUCACCCCCACAGCAGCUUUCCCACGGCUCCCCUCCCCCCUCCGCGCGCCCGUGCCGCGGCUAUCUACCCACCUAUAUACACACACCCCCGCCCACCCCACUGUCCCUCCUCCCUCUCCUCCUCCUCCCCUCGCCACCACACCCAAUCGCCCGCUCGCUCCCUCGGCUCGGCGUCGAUCGAUCUCUCCUUCUACCCGAGCUGCUCCGUCGUCCGGACGGCGCCGUCGACCGCGUGCUUGCCAGAUCUGAAGUCAAAGCAGGAGAGGACGGACAUGCAGGGAGCGCCGGUGGACAGCCCGGGGGCGGCGGAGGCGGCGGCGCGGCCGAGCCGGUACGAGUCGCAGAAGCGCCGGGACUGGCACACGUUCGGGCAGUACCUUCGCAACCACCGCCCGCCACUGGAGCUCUCGCGGUGCAGCGGCGCCCAUGUCCUCGAGUUCCUCCGCUACCUCGACCAGUUCGGCAAGACCAAGGUGCACGCCGCGGGCUGCCCCUUCUUCGGCCACCCUUCCCCGCCGGCGCCGUGCCCGUGCCCACUCCGCCAGGCCUCGGGCAGCCUCGACGCGCUCGUCGGCCGCCUGCGCGCCGCCUUCGAGGAGCACGGCGGGCGGCCCGAGGCCAACCCGUUCGGCGCGCGCGCCGUCCGCCUCUACCUCCGCGAGGUGCGCGACUCCCAGGCCAAGGCACGUGGCAUCGCCUACGAGAAGAAGCGCCGGAAGCGCCCGCCGCCGUCGUCGUCCCAGAAGGCGGCCAAGGCCGCGCCGUCCCCACCCCCACCCGCCUCCACGCAUGUAGCAGCGCCGCCCCCAGAGAGAGCCCCGGAGGUCCUCGUCGCGCGGGCCGUGCCAGCGCAGGGGCACUACUUCAUCCCGCACCCGCAGCACUACAUGCACGCGCAUUUCCUGAUGCCAGGCGGCCACGAGGCGGACGCCGCCGUCCCGAGCAGCUCCAGCGGCAACAGCAACGGCCACAGCAAUGGCCACAGCGGCGGCACCGGCGACGAGAUGGCCAUGGCGAUGGCGGCAGCGGCGGAGGCGCACGCGGCGGGGUGCAUGCUGCCGCUCUCCGUGUUCAACUAGCGAGCUUUCCGGCCGCAUCCAUGGAUGCGAUCCUAGCAAAAGCAAUCGCAAGGUAGGGCUUAAGUAAGUUAAUUCGGAGGUCUAUAUAUCUAGCCGUAAUCUUGAUCGAUCAUUGGAACGAUGGAAGGAUGAGUGUCAUCGAGAUCGAUCGAUGAACGUACUAUUGUUCUUCUUACCAACACUAUUCACCCUUUUGGCUACAUUUCCUGCUGGGAGCUAGUGGUGCUCCUCCUCCUUGCUACUGUAGGGUUUCUACUUUCUAGCAGCGUUCGUGCAUGCUUGGUUGAUUUGUGUAUGCAGAUAUAAUUAAUCCAAGGCUCGAUUGAAAUGUCAA